AAUGGACGUAGAGAAGAUAUGCCGCACUUGCUUGAGCCUAUCAGGGCCUUUUCUGUCUAUAUACGAAGGACAAAAUGGAGCCGGAACCGCAGGAUGUUUAGCCGACAUGUUGCAGCAUUUCACUAAAACACAGCCGCGUCUCGAGGAUAAUUUACCUAAGAAGGUGUGCCUCAGUUGCAUUAGUGAGAUAAAUCACUGUUACUCCUUCAAGCUAAAAUGUGAGAACUCCAAUCGGACAUUACACCAACUGCUGCCCAAUGCCAAUGCAUGGCCCGAAGACACCAGCACAGAGGAAAAGGCUGUGCAGACAACGACAACAAUAUCUACUUCACGAGAAGUUCAGACAGAUACGCCGCCGGCUGAAGAGAAAAGUACAGUAGAAGCUAGCUAUGAUAACGAUGUGGAUGAUGAAGAUUUCUACGACAUAGCGGCUCUCGGUAGCGAGGAGCCCGCGGAUUCCCAGACUAAAAUCUCAGAGAAUAUCAUUCUGCAGGUGGAAAAAGAUGACAUGAAAUAUGAAACCGAAAUGAUUUACAAUCAAGCCACUGGAGAACUGCACGAACAGACAACUGUUGAAACGUUGGGAAGUAAGCAAAAGGAGUACAAAUUUACGAUAUUUAACAACGCCAAUGGCGAAACAGAAAUUGCACCCACGCCAUCAGUGCCAGAGUCUGUGUCCCAUGUGACCACUCGAAAAGGCGCAGCAAAGUUGCUGCAACAGCAGAUGGAACAGCAGCAAGAGCAGGCACCAAUACAAAUUCAAGGGAAGCGGAACAUACGUCGUCGUAGGGCGGCAAAUUCAGAAGAAUUGCAAGAAACGUCAACCACCCCGCCAAAGCAACUGAAAUCGACGGUAGCUUCUAAAGUUCCGAACGGAACGAUUGCGUCCAUAACGACACCAACGUCAGUUAAUUCUAAUGUAAAGCUCAAGUACCGCUGUGAGCGCUGUAAUGCUGGUUUCGCUCUUGAAAAAUCGCUCGCCAUACAUCGCCGACAAAACGGCUGCACAAAUCUCAGUUUUAAGUGUAACGAAUGUGAGAGAGUUUUUGUUUCAAUGGAUCAUCUAAACGAACAUCAGGCUACGCAUAGUUCAUAUAACUGCACCGAAUGCUCCGAAGUAUUCGAGACAAAGGAGGAUCUCGGCCGGCAUAUGGUCCAGGGGCACAAGCGAAAUUUGCGUAAUCAAUGUACCGUGUGCCAAAAAGUUUUUACUAUGCUUUCCACCCUUCGAGAUCACAUGCGCAUCCACACAGGCGAAAAGCCUUUUACUUGCAAAACUUGUGGCAAGAGCUUCACACAAAAUGCCAAUUUACGGCAACACAUGCUACGCCACUCGGACAUAAAACGUUUCAAAUGCGAAUUGUGUCCUCACUCCUUCGUGACCAAGGCAGAGCUCUCAUCUCAUGCGCGCACUCACACCGGCGACAAGCCCUACGAGUGUGACUCCUGUAGUGCGAAGUUCACCACCUCGUGUUCGCUGGCCAAACACAAGCGGAAGCAUACGGGUGAGCGGCCAUAUGCUUGCGACUUGUGUCCACUGCGUUUCACGGCUCUAAAUGUGCUGAAAAACCACCGGAGGACUCACACAGGGGAAAAGCCAUAUGUGUGUCCUUAUUGUUUUAAAAGCUUUACACAGCGCGGCGAUUGUCAAAUGCACAAGCGUACUCAUCAGGGCGAAAAGAUAUAUAUUUGUCCAGUGUGCAGUCAGGAAUUCAAAUCGAUGGAGGAUAUGCGUAGCCAUUUGAUUUUGCAUGACCAGCAGGAGAAGGAGUUGGUACACUAUACGCUGCUCAGUACCAAGGAAAAUGCGCUGCAUGAUGAUGAGGAAGAUGCCGAUGAGGAGGCAGACGAAGGAGAGACGACUCAAACACUAGUUCUGUAAAACCUUAACGCUAAACUGAGUUUUUAAUUUUCCCUGUGGGAAAUCCUAUUAAAGUCCAGAUAGGAAUAACUUUUAAAACUUA